UUUUUCUUUUUCACCUCACACUCUCCUCCCCCCAUCAAUCGUUGCUGCUUUUCCAUCUGCCAUCUUUUCACCACCGACUUUCGAGUCAACUUUAAAAGAUGGCAGAAAUCAAGAUUGAUGGAAAGCUCUUCCAGGAGCGCAUUAAUCAUUUUGUCAAUGCCUGGAAGGCUGAUAAACGCGCCGGAGAUGCUGUCUUCGGUGGCGUAUCUUCCAUUCUCAUCACAAUGGGUAAGGUCGAGGAGAACCCCGAGUUCCAGAAGAACAACGCUAUGCACUUCUGGCUGCUUGGCUACGAGUUCCCGACCACCUUAAUGCUUAUCACAACCGAUUGCCUCUACUUCGUUGCGACAUCCAAGAAAGCUAAACACUUGGAGCCCUUAAAAGGAGGAAGAUUCCCGAUCGAGGUUCUAGUUAGAGGCAAGGAUGCUGCUGCAAAUGAGAAGCAGCUCAUCAAGCUAUCCGAUACUAUCAAAUCUGCAGGCGGUAAGAUUGGCGUUAUCAGCAAGGAUAAGUCCAGCGGCCCCUUUGUCGAGGAAUGGAAGAAGGUUUACCGCGAGAAGUGCAAGGAUGUUGAGGAAGUCGACAUGUCCACCGCCUUAUCGACCGCCGCAUUUUCCGUCAAAGACGAAACCGAGUUGCGAGCUAUGCGCGCGUCGUCCAAAGCCUGCGUUGCGCUGAUGACACCAUUUUUCCUAGACCAAAUGUCUGAUGUCCUCGACCAGGAGAAGAAGGUGAAGCACAGUGCGCUUGCCAACAAAGUCGACUCGAAGCUUGACGACAAGAAAUGGUGGAAGACAGUCGAACUGCCGAACAAACAGAAAUUGCCAUCAGAUUUCGAUCCCGAAUCCCUAGACUGGUAUCUAGGUCCCGCUGUCCAAAGUGGCGGUAAGUACGAUCUCAAGCUUCAAGCAGAACCGACCGGCGACAAUCUCCACCCAGGUGUUAUUAUUGCUGGCAUGGGUCUUCGAUAUAAGUCAUAUUGUUCUUCCAUUGCGCGAACGUACCUGGUCGACCCGAACAAAACCCAAGAAAGUGCCUACAAAUUCCUCUAUGCGGUUCAUAACCUGGUCUUGAAAGAAAUACGAGACGGUGUCAUGGCGAAAGAUGUGUACGCCAAGGCUCUUAGCUAUAUCAAGUCUAGGAAGCCCGAGUUAGAGAAGCAUUUUCUCAAGAAUGUUGGAGUGGGUGUUGGUCUCGAGAGCAAGGACCCAACCCUCAUUCUGAAUGGCAAGAAUACGCGAACUCUCAAGGACGGCAUGACUCUGUGCAUAACAACCGGGUUUACAGAUAUUGAGAACCCUUCGCCAAAGGACAAGCUCAGCAAGACCUAUUCCCUAGUUCUGACUGAUACAAUCCGUGUCACCAACAGCGAUCCGGUUGUCUUCACAGGUGAUGCACCUACUGACCUUGAUGCGACAUCAUUCUUUUUCAAGGAUGAUGAGGAGAUACAACCGACGCCUAAGAAGGAGAAGAAGGAUUCCCGUGUUGGUGCCGUCGCAACCAAGAAUAUUACUAGCACCCGCCUUCGAUCGGAACGUACUGCUCAAGUGGACGAAGAUCAGGAGAAAAGGCGUCGAGAGCAUCAAAAGGAACUGGCGACUAAAAAACAGAAGGAAGGUUUGGCCCGAUUUGCCGAAUCAACGACUGGCCAGGACGGUGCUGAGAUCAAGAAAUUCAAGAAGUUUGAGUCGUAUAAAAGGGACAACCAAAUGCCUCUUAAGUCGAAGAAUUUGGAAAUAUUGGUCGACCAAAAGAAUCAUACUAUUCUACUUCCAGUCAUGGGUCGCCCGGUUCCUUUCCACAUCCAUACCAUCAAGAAUGCUAGCAAGAACGACGAAGGAGAGUGGUCCUUCCUCCGGAUUAAUUUCCUUUCUCCUGGUCAGGGAGUAGGCAGAAAGGAUGACCAGCCGUUUGAGGACGCUUCAGCUCAGUUUGUUAGAAGCUUGACGUUCCGUUCUCGUGAUGGCGAUCGAUACGAAGAGAUUGCGUCGCAGAUUUCGGGCAUGAAGAGGGAGGCCACGAAGAAGGAGCAAGAGAAGAAGGAUAUGGAGGAUGUUGUUGAGCAAGAAAAGCUCGUCGAAAUCAGAAAUCGGCGUCCUCCUGUCAUGGAUAAUGUGUUCAUUCGCCCAGCCAUGGAAGGCAAACGCGUCCCCGGCAAGGUCGAGAUUCACCAGAAUGGUAUUCGAUAUCAGUCGCCGCUUAACACUCAGCAAAGAGUAGACGUACUAUUCUCUAAUAUCCGCCACCUAUUCUUCCAGCCUUGCGCCCAUGAGCUCAUUGUGAUCAUCCAUCUACAUCUCAAGGACCCUAUUAUCAUAGGGAACAAGAAGAAGACGAAGGAUGUCCAAUUCUAUAGAGAGGCAACAGACAUCCAGUUCGACGAGACCGGCAACCGAAAGAGGAAGUAUAGGCACGGCGAUGAGGACGAGUUUGAGCAAGAACAAGAAGACCGCCGACACAGAGCGGAGCUGGAUCGUCAAUUCAAGAGCUUCGCGGACAAGAUUGCCGAGGCAGGAAAGAAUGAGGGCGUCGAAGUUGAUAUGCCACUUAGAGAGUUGGGUUUCAAUGGUGUCCCAUUCCGAAGCAAUGUCGUGAUCCAGCCCACGACAGAUUGUCUCAUCCAGAUCACCGAACCACCAUUUAUGGUAAUUACGCUGGAUGAUAUCGAGAUUGCGCAUCUGGAACGUGUGCAGUUUGGCCUCAAGAACUUCGAUCUUGUGUUUGUGUUCAAAGAUUUCACUCGAGCACCGGCCCACAUCAACACAAUUCCUAUGGAGUCUUUGGAAGAUGUGAAGGAAUGGUUAGACUCGAGUGACAUCGCCUUCACCGAGGGUCCUCUCAAUCUUAACUGGCCUACGAUCAUGAAAACGGUCACUGCAGACACUCACCAGUUCUUCGUCGAUGGAGGUUGGUCGUUCUUACAGAGCGAAAGUGACGACGAGGAUGAGCAAGAGGAGGAAGAGGAGUCGAACUUCGAAAUCGAUGAUUCCGAGCUUCAGGAAGAGAGCGAGUCCAGCGAGGAUGAUUCGGAUUUCGAUAGCAACGCUUCUGAUGAGGCUAGCGAGGAGGCCUCGGAUGAUGACGAUGAUGAAGAGGGUGAAGACUGGGAUGAGCUAGAGAAGAAGGCGAAGCGAAAGGAUCGCGAGAACGGCGCGGACGAAGAUGAAGAUCGUAGCCGUAGCAAGAAGCGACGUCACUAGACUCGUUCACGGAAUCAGGCCUUCAAUUCCCUUUGAUCGACUAGGUUUGCCAGUUAUAAUUGUACUCGGCAAGGGAUUCGUUUGGAGUUGAGGUUGUAUUACGACUUGCCUUAGCCCUUUUUAUGCAGCAACAGUGGCCCUGAGCUAUUAAUAGCAGAUUUACUAAACUCAGAGCCCGAUG